AAAUUCGCCCACCAUCUUCGUCGUCUUGCCGGCCGGCUAAGCUGGCGAGCAACCAUGAACCGCUCCGGUGUUCCCACGCCCUCUCCGCUCUCUCCUGGAGGAAAACGAGUAAUGGUGAAGCCACUUUAUUUCACUACUCCAGCUGUCAUCACAGCUUCUUCUGCACCCUCGCCCUCCCUGACACAGCUCACCAGCCAUCUGACUCCAGCCCAGGCUCAAACGAUAGACCACCUCCUGCACAGUGUCAAACAGCUAUCUGCAUCUGGACUAUCUACUAACUUGCAUGCUGUCCAGCCCCAGCUCACUGCUAGGAACAAACCACUGAUGCCAAAGGCCAGUGCUCCUCCUGUGAUUACCUCAGCGCUGCCAGUGUCUCUGCAGCCUGUUGCCCACCAGAAUAUGGUGAUACCUGUUCCUCAGCCCCAGGCUCCACUGCCUUCUCCAGCCACCCUCCCUCCUAUAGAUGACCCUCCAAGACCACCUGCUGUGAGAGCCAACAAGCCAAGAAAACCUUGUCAUUGCAAGAACUCACAGUGCCUAAAGCUGUACUGUGACUGUUUUGCUAAUGGGGAGUUUUGCCGUGAAGGCUGCCAGUGCCACAACUGCAAGAACAACGUUGACCAUGCCGAGGAGAGAGCUAGAGCAGUCAAGAUAUGUCUGGACAGAAAUCCACAUGCUUUCAAGCCAAAAGUUGGUCCUAAUAAGUCGGGUGAUGUUCGAAGACAUGUUAAAGGGUGCAACUGUAAGCGAUCAGGUUGCCUAAAGAACUAUUGUGAAUGCUAUGAGGCCAAGAUCCCUUGCUCUGGGCUGUGUCGAUGCAUUGGAUGUCGCAAUCUGCCAGACAAACCAGAGAACAAGAGUCUCAUGCACUUGGCUGAUGCGGCAGGUUAAGCUGAAUGCAUUUGUAGUAUUGUUAAGAGUUUUUCUCCAGACUUAAGAACACAGCAGCAAGCUGCAGCUUCCCACCUCCUGGAGACACUGGAGUUCACUCCUGCCUCAGCUGAGCCCCUUUCUAGACAUGGACAGAGGUUGCCUUUCUCCUUUAUCAAUAAAGAGGUGUCCAAGGCCACUUGUCUGUGUCUGCUGGAGGAGGCAAGCCAUGCGCAGAUGAGUGGUAAAUCAGUGGAGGAAGUGGAGAGAGCUGUGUUGGAGGAGUUUGGACGUUGCAUGCGGCAAAUUAUCUCCUCCGCACAAUCAGCAAGCAGAGACUCUCAGAAUGCGCCAGUGAUGUAAAAUGUAUAGUCUGUCAAUCACACUUUGCAAAGGUCAUUGUAGUUGCAAUUUACACGCGAGGGAUUGAGAGGAAGCGAGGGCGAAGGUGAUUUCCGUGUUCUUGUUUUGCCACUUGUGUGUAAGCGGACAAGAUGGAGAGCGAAGAAGACGUGCACGACGACACUCUUAUAGCACUGGCCACCCAUUUCGCCAAAGUCCAGUUUCGUCUGAAGCAGAUAGUGUCGGCGGACGCCCAGCACAAGGAAGGAAUGCUGAGAGAACUCGAGGAGUUUGCCUUCCAGGGGUGCCCUCGGUCCAUGACGUACGACACGGCGGCGGCCGGAGAGAACGGAUCUACAGAGGCCCAGCAGCAGCGCCGCUCUGACCUGAUUGAGAAACUAAAGGACCAGCUGAGGGACCUAGAGGAAUGUGCUCGGAGUGUGGAGAAGGAAGGCGAGGAGGGGAAUGGCGGGCAGGGGUCUGACUUGGCCCACAAACAGCAUCUGAUAAUAGAAGAACUUCGCCGUAGGUUCGACCUCCAGUUUGGUGAUCUGGAGAGCAUGAGUACAGAGGAGGUAAAGGAGGAGGUUUCGAAGGCGGUGAAGGGAAUACAGUCCAAGAAGGACCUAGUGAGUCAGCUGACCACGCAGGUCAGUGACCUCCACAGAUACAUUGCCUACCUACAAGAAGACCCUGGGCGGAGCCAAACCCGAGCUGUUGCCAGAUCUACCUCACUUCGUCCUUCCCUUCGCUGCACCUCCCCACUGCCUUCAGCGCAGCCGAAACACGUGUCAUUUGCAGACGAGAGGGAGGAAGACUCGUGUUCGUCUUCUGGUGGACCUCAGUUUCGACCACUGCACACAACACUGGUUGCAAGUCGGGCAUCGCCUGAUGCAGACCUUCUCCUUGGGGACAUGCCCGACUCUGGAGGAGUCCAGUGUUCAGUGGACACCAAUGAAAUGGCAUGGAUGGGUACCAAUGAUAGCACCCCUCUCUACCAGUGCAAGGCCCCAGACGACUUGCGGCUCAGUCUCCUGGUGAUGCGCAAGACCCUGACAGUCAUGCAGCUGCUCACGCUGUGGCAGUGUGGAGGAUCCUUCCACUGUCUCCCACGCUACGUUGCCGACGGCCACAGGAAACGCUACCACUCCGCACUGCGCAGCCUGGAAAUGGCCGUCGACAGAAUUGCAAUACUCACAACGUCUUUGUCCGACCCAGCUCUCACCGCAGGCAUGGCAGUUGCGUUGGAGACGGAGCUGCAUGAGGAGGUAUCAAUGAGUCUGGCAGACAGCCUGAGAGUUCUGCUGGAACAUGGUCUCAUCAAUGGAGGGGGAGGGACGGUGCCUGGCAAGGGCUGUGUUAAUGUGUGGGGGAGUUGGAGUCGGGCAGCGGUAGCCGGUGAAGAGGAAUGUGGAGCCUGGAAGGUUUUCCAGUUCUACUAUGGCCUGAAGAAUGGCAAAGACUACAGCACCAAGCCAGACCAGCUGCUCUCCUCCUCCUUCUCCCUGCCCAUUGCCACCUCUUCCUCCAUCAAGAAGACUCUCCUGGCUGCCAUCUAUCGCGUGGAGAGCAUGUACGUCAACUGUCGAAACAUUUCGAAGGACACCAAAUUCCGAGCCCUGGUGUGUGAGGGGUUCAACUUGUGCCACCUGGCUGAGUGGUUCAGGAUUGUUGCCACCCACCCAACUGUGGCUGAGGAGUUGUACACUUCUUCCUCCUUUCUGGCCAGCACUGGCUUCCGACCUGCCAUUGCCUGUCUUGAGAACCUCAAAGACAACCCUCCCUGUCAACCGGUAGAGUUACCCAGUGACUACUACCACUCCACUAAUGCCUUUCAGACUUCCAACUGACUUGGUCAUGGUUUUUAUGCGCCUGUACGUAGAGCGCGUGCGCGUAUAUUAUUGUGCGCACGCGUACGCAUUGUUGUUAAUUACGCUCGCACACAGCGCCAGUCUAAACUGUCGGGGCGCGGGAAUCGACGAGUCACCGCGGUUUUGUCCUGGUUUACGAUGGCGAUGAGGGAGCUCUUGCUGUGUAUGAUGGUAACAGGUGUAGCCAUCUACCGAGUUGCUAGAUCAGCGGAGCAAUGUGAAGCUUUCCAUAUGCGGCCCGAGGACGUGGUGGCCAGAGCCGGUCAAGCGGCAAUGAUGACAUGUCUAUACGAUGAAGCGGGCACGGAAGUCAUCACGUGGGACAAAGAUAUGACUUCUGUCGCCCCUGGGAGUAGCUGUGACUGUAUUAUUAUGGAAAAUGGAUAUGUUCUUCAAUUCAACAACAUCAGCUUAGAUGAUGUUGGUCGGUACACGUGCAAUUUACAGAUUGGUGCAGGUGACUUUCGGAGUUGUUCUGCUGUCCUCAAACUAGCUGAGGCUCCCGUCAUCAGUGGAGCAACUUCAGUGGCUUCAGAGAUAGUGCCUGGCUCAUCUCUGACCCUGUCGGCUCUGGUGGCCGGGGACCCUCUUCCAUCCACCCUCUGGAGACACAAUAACCAACUCAUCACAGCUGACAAUAGGAUAACUAACCUAACUGUGGAAGAGGGAGACGGAGUGCGAGUGAGUCUUACGGUAACAAACAUCAACAAGGAAGAUAGAGGAGUGUACAGCCUUCAUGCUGCCAACACGGCAGGGACGGAGGAUCAGGAGUGGACGGUGCCUGUUGUCUUUGCUGAAGUGAACCCCAUACUUAUAGAGAAUGAUGAUUCUAAAGUCAAGCUGACUUGCUCAGCCCUGUAUUACACGACUACAGAGGAUGAGCAGAUUGAGUGGCGCCGUGGGGGGCUAGACGUGACAGGAGCAGUCAAUAUUCUGGACAGAGAUGGCUACGAGUUCACAGUCACCUCCACACUGACUGUUGACCUCAGCAGCUGUCAAGGCACAGCCGAGACUGUAAAGUGUACUUUGCGCUACGAAGGAAAUCAGCUAGUCGAAGUGACCACUUCCAUAUGUGGUGAGAGCUGCUCACCACCUGACCUCUCUGCCUCGGUGGAGGACUGCAACCAACUGACAGUGACACUGUCAGGGAGCCCUGGCCUCUAUACACUGGGAUAUAGACAAGUUGGAACGUCUGACUGGACAGAGAGAUCCAUCACUGUCAGCACCUCAGGAGAAGUCUUCAACAAUCAAGCAGACCUGGAAGAGAACACAGCAUACGAUGUCAGAGUCACCUGUCCCCAAGGCACCAGCUCUAGCAUUGACUUUAUAAGAUCCAGUUACAAACCCUCUGUUGUGGUUGGUGUUGGGACUGAAGUUGUCUACAACAGCAGUGGUACAUUCUCCACUCUGCAAUGGGAGCGGUCCAGUUUCUCCGAUGUGAUCGCCUACCACAUCACCUGGGAGUCUGAUGAGCCAAACUCUCGCCAUACCCUCAACGUGACUGCCACCCAGCACGACUGGGCCAUCAAAUGUGACGUCACGUACACUUACAGGGUGGCGGCCAUAAACCCCUGUGGCAUUGGACCUUCAUCUCACCCUGUGGAACAGAAGUGCUACACGGUGCCUCCAGCGCAGCGUGUGGCUCUGGAGAACUACACAUCUGUGGCAUCUUCCUCUGGAGUUGCUCUCCUCCUUUCCUUCACCAUCAGCCGGGACUAUCUUAUCAAGUCUGUCCGUGUGGACGUCGAGAAACAAGACAACAACUUUGUUGCCUACCAGACCUUCAACUACUCCCUGCCAGAGUCCCUGUACAGUGAUGGCAGAGUGUGUGUGGGAGGGCUGAGUGAGGAAGCCCACUACCUGGUCUGUCUGAGAGUAGACUACUCUGAGGUGGGCCAGGACUCCUCGUGUGUUCGGACUCCCCGUGUGGACAAGACUGGGACUGAGACCACUGUGGAGCAGUGCCAGCUACCCACCUCCAGCCAACGGGUCACUGGCAGCGAUGGUGCCCAGACUAACCAAGCCAUUCCUGACUGGGGAAUUGCAGUGAUAGUGGUGGGAGCUCUUCUGUUCGUAGCUCUCAUCUUCUGCUUCCUGGGACUUUGCUUUGCUUGCCAAACCUCUCAAAGCAAAAAUGUUGACUUUGGCAGUAGUUCAUCCCUCAAUACAGAGAGAGGAGGGAAUGUUGUUCCUACUGCCAUGCACAUGCACAACCCCAGAACCAUGUCUCCCACCAGAAGCUGUUUGCGAGGAGGUGGAGGAGGAGGAGGAGGGGGUAGUGGAGGAGGAAGGGAAGGGAGGUUAAGUAUGCAGAUGUACAGUGGCCAACUGCAGGACCCUGAGGGAGGCAUUCCAACUCAAGAGAGGAUGGUUGGCAGGGCGGUGCAGCGAGUUUUCACUGGAGCUGAUGCACUGGAAUGGUUCACAGACCAUAUGGUGGGAAUGGCAUCAGUGGAACAAGCCAAGAGUGUAGAGACACAACUGUUGAGUGCUGGAUUGAUAGUGAAUGUUUCGGGUCAAGUAGGGGACACAGAGUUCUAUGGCUCUCCCAACGCUCUGUAUCAGUUCAGCACUACUCCAUCUCAAAAAGAAGUCACUACUGGACAGGACACUAGGGCUCGAGACAAUAGGGCUCUGAGUAUACAAGGAGAACAGUUGGAGCAGAAGGGGAAGUGUGUGAUGCAAUAGAUGACUGUUGAAGUGUGUGAUGUCCACACGAUAAUAAUAAUUACUAAGAAACAGCUGAUGAGCGUUCCCACACACGGACACAGCU